AUGCAGUUCUUCGCAGUUCUUUUGCCAGUCGCGACACUCUUGGCUACUACCGCCAACGCUGCUGACUGCUCUUCGGACUCCGGAUCCCAAACCUGUCUCAAUUCUACUGAUCUUCUAUAUUCCCGCUGGGAAUGGAGGGGUGACAACGGUCAGAUGGGAACUUUUAAGCCAUCUAAUAUCCCUAAUGAACAGUCGUGCUAUGAUAGCACCCUUGACAUUAUCGACCAGUGCCUUGGACAUAGCAAUAGUGGCACGUACUCCCUGGACGGCUGGAGUAUGGGAAUCAACUUCUGUGCUUGA